UGACAACACAAACUGUCAAAAGAAAAUCACAAGACGGAGAGAUGUGUCUGUACUUAAAACUGUGUCUCUCUAUGCUUUUACAGACUAUACUUGGACUCCAGUCAUCUGACCGUAGGCUCACAAGAAUCUUUGCUUCAAUUGGAGACAGUGUGCGUUUACCAUGUGGUACAUCCUACAUCAAUUCCUGCUCCUCUGUUACCUGGAGUGUAGUGAAAGAUGGGUUUGAUAACCAAUUAGAACUAUCAGGCAAGGUGAAAGCCGAUGGUCCAAACUCAGGAAGUCGACUGAAAGUGGGACAGGACUGCUCUCUACAUAUUCAACCUCUUGAAAUAGAUGAUGGAAGAGUUUACACCUGUGGAGAUGGGGCUACCAGUUCAAGUGUUUCUCUUCAGCUUCUCAACAUUACUCUGGCAACAGACACCAAUACAGCACCAGAGAUGGAUAUCAAGCUCCAAUGUUACCUGAAUAUAUUCUCAGGCCUUGUCCCACAAUGCAACCAUAGUGAAAUAAAGCUGAAUUGGCUGAAUGAGGCCAAUACAGUGCUACAGGGAGAGAGAUUUCAAACCGAACGUUCAUCUGCUUGCUUCUCUACGCUGACCAUCCGAGGUGUCAGGAAGACAGACCAUCACAGGAAGUGGCGGUGUCAACUGAUUGAAGGAGAGGUUGUGAAGACGUCCCUCAGCUAUACCACAGAAAUUACAGGAGGUAUAGAGGAAGUGUUUGUCGCAGUGGGUGAGUCAGUAUCACUUCCCUGUGCCACCCACUCCUCUCUCGAGGUGGGCAGCAGAUUCCAGUGGACUCUGGGUCAAAGGUCACUGUCCAGUCUGUCUCGGUCAGGCGAUGUCUCUGCUGGAACUCAGGGUCACCUUCCUGCAUCUCACAUCAGCCAAGACGGGUCUUUGGUCAUCAGCAAUGUGAAAACACUGCAUUCUGGGCUCUACAACUGCUCGCAACAGAACAGAAUCUUACUACACACUCUGGAUGUAUCUGCAGAGUAUGCUACCACAGACGGAAACAAUCUCACCCUGACCUGCUCACUCACCUGUGUGGAAGAUUGUGGAGACUUCAAUUUAUCCUGGAUUCACAGUGGCCAGGAUGGGUUGCAGAGUGGCCCUAUAGGACAUAACAACACCCUCAUCUCCAAACUCUUCCUCCCUGACCGCCAGGGCACAGAGAAGAUAGCCUGCGCCGUGCUCAGAGAGGGGGUUGAAAUGGCUGUAAAGGAGUGGACCAUCCAGAGAGGUCAUGUUCUACCUGCAGUGGUAUGGUCAGUCCUUCUGCUACUGCUGCUCUGUGCUGUUGGAGGGGGCGUGUAUUGGAAGAGGCAGGGCAAGGGAAGUGCCGCUCAAGGAGAAGAACAGCAGACACCUGUUGGAAUGACUCAUCUCUAUGACGAGAUUCAAGAUCAACCAAUUCAACCUUCCGGAGUAACCAACAACAGUUUCUAUGAUCUUCUGCAGGCUGGGAACUGAGUGUAAUGUCAUGUCCUCUAUCUUUAGGCUAUUAGUUGAGUUUUAAAUCUAAUUUGACUACUUUGUACUUUGCAUUGUUUUGUGGUUUGGAACAUUAUAAGUGUCACCAUGACAUCAAGUCUAUGCAGGUUGUUUUUUAUGAUGGAAAUAAAUUCAUAAAGAAAAGAACCUCUAUAGAAUAUCACCAGUUACCACAGUUAAAAACCCCGACAUAAGUUGGUUACAGGAACACAUUCAGUAUGACUCCUCAGUGUGGGGGUUGAUGGCUAAGUCACCCCACCUCCUGUCUUGAACAUCACUCUGCUGACUUUCACAUCCCACAUGAAACCUGGUAGCUUCUCUUCAGCAGUGUAAAACUGUAGAUGUAUGGGACUGAGACAAGACACAUAAUACAUGAGAGUGAACAGAUAAGUGUGUUUAUUUAAUGCAGGAUGGCAGUGUGUGAGCAUUAGCAAUACAAGUAAAAACCCCAGAACAGCAUGUCUCUCUGUCUGGAACAGCUCCCAACUACACAUCAUUUGGUGUAGAAAAGCAUCAGCAAAAGUUGUUCCACCAUGGGGUAACAAAUAAAGGAAUAUGUCCAAUCAAAUCAAGCUAAAUACAAUUGGUCACCUCAUCCAUUUGAUUAUUUCACAACUAAGAUUGUUAUUGUGUAAUACUAUGUAGGCUAUACCAGGGGUUGAAAGAUAAGAUUGUUAUUGUGUAAUACUAUGUAGGCUAUACCAGGGGUUGAAAGAUAAGAUUGUUAUUGUGUAAUACUAUGUAGGCUAUACCAGGGGUUGAAAGAUAAGAUUGUUAUUGUGUAAUACUAUGUAGGAUAUACCAGGGGUUGAAAGAUAAGAUUGUUAUUGUGUAAUACUAUGUAGGCUAUACCAGGGGUUGAAAGAUAAGAUUGUUAUUGUGUAAUACUAUGUAGGCUAUACCAGGGGUUGAAAGAUAAGAUUGUUAUUGUGUAAUACUAUGUAGGCUAUACCAGGGGUUGAAAGAUAAGAUUGUUAUUGUGUAAUACUAUGUAGGCUAUACCAGGGGUUGAAAGAUAAGAUUGUUAUUGUGUAAUACUACGUAGGCUAUACCAGGGGUUGAAAGAUAAGAUUGUUAUUGUGUAAUACUACGUAGGCUAUACCAGGGGUUGAAAGAUAAGAUUGUUAUUGUGUAAUACUACGUAGGCUAUACCAGGGGUUGAAAGAUAAGAUUGUUAUUGUGUAAUACUACGUAGGCUAUACCAGGGGUUGAAAGAUAAGAUUGUUAUUGUGUAAUACUACGUAGGCUAUACCAGGGGUUGAAAGAUAAGAUUGUUAUUGUGUAAUACUAUGUAGGCUAUACCAGGGGUUGAAAGAUAAGAUUGUUAUUGUGUAAUACUAUGUAGGCUAUACCAGGGGUUGAAAGAUAAGAUUGUUAUUGUGUAAUACUAUGUAGGCUAUACCAGGGGUUGAAAGAUAAGAUUGUUAUUGUGUAAUACUACGUAGGCUAUACCAGGGGUUGAAAGAUAAGAUUGUUAUUGUGUAAUACUAUGUAGGCUAUACCAGGGGUUGAAAGAUAAGAUUGUUAUUGUGUAAUACUAUGUAGGAUAUACCAGGGGUUGAAAGAUAAGAUUGUUAUUGUGUAAUACUACGUAGGCUAUACCAGGGGUUGAAAGAUAAGAUUGUUAUUGUGUAAUACUACGUAGGCUAUACCAGGGGUUGAAAGAUAAGAUUGUUAUUGUGUAAUACUAUGUAGGCUAUACCAGGGGUUGAAAGAUAAGAUUGUUAUUGUGUAAUACUACGUAGGCUAUACCAGGGGUGGAAAGAUAAGAUUGUUAUUGUGUAAUACUAUGUAGGAUAUACCAGGGGUUGAAAGAUAAGAUUGUUAUUGUGUAAUACUAUGUAGGAUAUACCAGGGGUUGAAAGAUAAGAUUGUUAUUGUGUAAUACUAUGUAGGCUAUACCAGGGGUUGAAAGAUAAGAUUGUUAUUGUGUAAUACUACGUAGGCUAUACCAGGGGUGGAAAGAUAAGAUUGUUAUUGUGUAAUACUAUGUAGGAUAUACCAGGGGUUGAAAGAUAAGAUUGUUAUUGUGUAAUACUAUGUAGGCUAUACCAGGGGUUGAAAGAUAAGAUUGUUAUUGUGUAAUACUAUGUAGGAUAUACCAGGGGUUGAAAGAUAAGAUUGUUAUUGUGUAAUACUAUGUAGGAUAUACCAGGGGUUGAAAGAUAAGAUUGUUAUUGUGUAAUACUAUGUAGGAUAUACCAGGGGUUGAAAGAUAAGAUUGUUAUUGUGUAAUACUAUGUAGGAUAUACCAGGGGUUGAAAGAUAAGAUUGUUAUUGUGUAAUACUAUGUAGGAUAUACCAGGGGUUGAAAGAUAAGAUUGUUAUUGUGUAAUACUAUGUAGGAUAUACCAGGGGUUGAAAGAUAAGAUUGUUAUUGUGUAAUACUAUGUAGGCUAUACCAGGGGUUGAAAGAUAAGAUUGUUAUUGUGUAAUACUAUGUAGGAUAUACCAGGGGUUGAAAGAUAAGUGGGUGAAUAUCAUAAGAAAGCAUUUACAGAUGUUUUGUGAAGGGUUCGGUAAGACAUGGUGUGUUGAUUGGAAGAUGAUUAUUCUUUUCACUGCCAUUGAACUGAAAUAAAUCAAAAUAAAUACAAUUGAAUGAAAUGUUAA